UUUCAUGUAACACGCUUUCCGUCCACCACCAGCCAAUACAUUCAUGCCACCAGCGGAUCGUGGUAGGGAGGGAGGCUUUAACAGCGUCACAUUUCAUCUCUUGCAUUACAUUAAUUUGUCCGAAAGUUACAUAAAUUAUUAUUGAUGCCAUGCGGUUAAUUUAACCUCGAAGAGAAAGCUAACAGAGCGGUUAUUUGGUUAACUAGCUAAGCUAACCAACGGUUACUACGCUGCGUCUGUCAAAUCCGUCCUCGCCCUUUGAGCUGUCACAUCACAGAAAGGUGGACACUGGACGGGCAGGAAACAUGACGAGUUUGGCGAGUCGGGUGUUUUUCAGGGUCGACAGGGUGUGUCGCCACCUCCCCGUGGUCCUCAACACUUUCCUGGUCUUCUCAAUCACCGGGGAGGUGAGCUACCUGGUGCUGGUCGAGCCUUCGCUGGAGGCGGACCAGAAUAAGACGGUGUGGUCCGCCUGGUGGAAAGCGGUCCACCUGCUGGCUCAGUACUUCAUGCUGGGAAACAUCUGCUGGAACGCACUGCUCUUCCUCAGAACCAGCCCCAGCAUAAAGGGGGUGUUCCUGGGAGGACAGGGCAUGGGCCAGGGGUGGAGGUACUGCUAUACAUGCGAGACACAUACUCCUCCUCGCUGCUCCCAUUGCUACGACUGUAAAGUGUGUGUUCUGCGGCGGGAUCACCACUGCGUCUUUUUUGGCCAGUGUGUGGGCUUCCGUAACUACCGCUACUUCCUGUGCUGCUUGUUUUUUAUGUGGUCGGGGCUCCUGUACGCCACUCUGAUGAAUGCAGAGGUCUUCAUUGUCAUAUUGAAGGAGGGUGUGACUAUGCACAGUGUCCUGCUGCUGCUCAUACCUUGGAUCAUGCUAGUUUCAGGCCAAGUCUCAGCACGUGCCUUUGCCUUUGCCUUCAUCGCUGACACGUGCGUGGUGGGCUUUCUGCUGGUGUCCGCCUUCUUCUUCUUCCAUCUUUUCCUGAUGUUUCGGGGUCAGACCACAAGGGAGUGGUACUCAACCCGCCGACCCUACAACCUCGGGCUCCUGGGCAACCUGCGUCACGCUCUGGGCCUUCGCUGGUACCUCUGCUGGCUUUGCCCACUCAUCCCAUCACCUGUCCCUGGAGAUGGGAUAAACUUCCAGGUCACAGGAUCGCUCGAACCGACCCGGUAACAGCUGAAGGUCUGAAUAUUAACAGGCCGCAUGUCUUUGCUUUAGUGGUGAUGGGUAAUGUUAUCAGGAGCAGGAGCAGCAGCAGCAGCAGGAGGGAAGAACACCUCAGUUCAAGAAGAGGUAGCUUGGGAUGGGAAGAAGCCAGUGUGUGGUUGUUUAAGAUGUUAAUGGGUGUAACUGUCUACCGGUAUUUUUCUCCGUAGUCUUUACCUGUGCUGAAACAAAGAAAUGAUGGGUCGACUCUGGAAGGUAUAUUGACCUUGACCUAAAGGUAAUCUGUACUGUACACUCAUUGCCUCAGAGUAUUAACACAGAAAUUAGCAUUGUUCCUCAGGAAUACUGAGCCCUGAAAAUAUAUGUAAACAUCACUGAAAUGGGAAUGUAUUUUAUUGAUCGUGAGAAAUGUAUGAUUUUAAAUCCUUGUUAACAAGCACCUGCAACUACAGACUAUGACUCCUGGGUAGUCAUCCUCUUGGGAUGACAACUUAAAUGGACCUUUCUCGUACUGAUUAUUUUGCCUAAGGUCAUACAAAUUUGGCUUGCACUGUUCUCAAUAUUGAGAAUCCUCAAUA